AUGCUGCGGAAAGUGUUUUCAAGCGUAUCUGCUCGAGUCCGAGCCGCCAGUUCGAUGCCACCGCCUAUAACCGACAUUGAACCCAAGUUUACAAAGCUUUUCAUAAACAACGAGUGGGUUGACGCCGUUAGCAAAAAGACGUACGAGACAAUAAAUCCAGCGACCGGCAAACGGAUAACGAGUGUAGCGGAAGCUGAUAAGGCAGAUGUCGACAAAGCAGUGAAGGAUGCGUUUCGUCUCGGAUCACCCUGGCGUCGAAUGGAUGCAGCACAACGUGGUGCUUUAAUGCACAAGUUGGCCGACUUGAUGGAGCGGGAUAGAGCUUAUCUUGCUUCGCUGGAAACUCUAAAUAACGGAAAGCCAUACGCUGUCGCUUAUAAUGCUGAUCUACCUCUCUCAAUUAAUUGCAUAAGGUACUACGCUGGCUAUGCGGAUAAAAACCAUGGGAAGACUAUUCCAAUUGCUGGUGACUAUUUCACCUACACACGGCAUGAACCAGUUGGAGUGUGCGGUCAAAUAAUCCCUUGGAACUUCCCUCUUCUAAUGCAAGCGUGGAAAUUUGGUCCAGCACUGGCGAUGGGCAAUACAGUAGUUAUGAAGCCUGCUGAACAAACCCCACUUACAGCUCUUCAUGUUGCCAGUCUUGUGAAAGAGGCAGGAUUUCCCGCUGGUGUAGUGAAUCUGUUGCCAGGCUUCGGGCCAACCGCUGGGCGUGCAAUAGCCAGUCAUCUGGAUGUGGAGAAAGUAGCGUUCACUGGAUCAACGCCAGUAGGUCGACUAGUAAUGCAGGAAGCAGCGCACAGUAAUAUCAAAAAAAUCAGUCUCGAACUUGGUGGCAAAAGUCCCAAUAUCAUAUUUGCUGAUGCUGAUCUUAACGAAUGUGUUCAUCAGGCUCACCACGGUUUAUUUUUCAACCAAGGUCAGUGCUGCUGCGCGGGAUCUCGAGUUUUCGUAGAGGGGAAGAUUUACGAUGAGUUCGUUGCGCGCUCAAAGGAACUUGCUGAAAAGAAAAAGCUUGGAAACCCAUUUGACUUGAAAACGGAACAAGGGCCUCAAAUCGAUGGAGAGCAAUUGAAAACAAUCCAGCGCUAUGUGGAUAUAGGCAAAAAAGAGGGUGCUCAACUGGUCACUGGAGGAACUAAGUGGGGAGACGAAGGAUUCUUUUUCAAGCCGACCAUAUUUGCUAAUGUUAAGGACGAAAUGACGAUCGCGCAAGAAGAGAUUUUCGGACCAGUAAUGAGCAUCAUACGCUUCGACUCGAUGGAGCAUCUUGUAGACAUUGCCAACAAUACAAUCUAUGGCCUGGCCGCUGCUGUAAUGACAAAGGAUCUCGACAAGGCGCUCCAUGUUGCGAAUAAUAUCAGAGCUGGAUCAGUCUGGGUUAACUGUUUCGACGUUUUUGAUGCAGCUGCGCCGUUUGGUGGAUACAAGCAAUCAGGAAUCGGACGUGAACUCGGCGAAUACGGUCUGGAGGCCUAUACGGAAGUCAAGACUGUGACUAUCAAAGUUCCUCAGAAGAAUUCGUAG